AUGUCUGAAGCAGAUCGGCAGGUCUUUCCCCACAUCGUCGGCUUCAUCGCCGCGCGCCUGGUCGAUGGUACAUAUAGACAAAUCCCCCCUAUCGGACUGCCCACAGCCGGUGAUGUUGCAGCUUUGGGACGCAUAUGGAGAUCAUACGUGGCUCACAACAGAGGACAAGUUUACACGCUACUCAGCCGGCGUAGAAAUGCCAGUAGAGACUUUACCGGACUCAAGGGUACAGUUCAACACUUGAUUGAACACACAAGAGAUACCCAGCAAUACCUUGGGACGGUAUCGGAACUCUCCCUUCGCACCUUGAUCCCGGAUCUUUCGACCUCCGCGGCGGACAUCCUUCGCAAUCCUCCGUAUAAACCGAUAGGCAACUUGGACGCCACUGUAUUGGCGCUCUGUCGUUGGUUCAAAGACGAUUUUAUGAGCUGGGUCGAUCCUGUACUCUGUCCGCAGUGCAAUGGUCCCACGCAGGGUGCCGGCAAUGCGGCUCCGUCUGCGCAGGAGUCGACGAAAGGCGCUGGCAGAGUCGAGCUUCAUCGUUGCGCAGAUGGCGCUUGUGGGGCAACACGAAGAUUCCCAAGAUACGGAACUGUGGCUGCGCUGGUAGAAAGUAGGGAGGGAAGAUGCGGUGAAUGGGCGCAUCUGUUCUACGCCAUGAUGAGAGUCAAGGGUAUCGAAGGGAGGUACAUCUGGAACAGGCAAGAUCACGUCUGGUGUGAGUACUGGUCUCCGACAAUGAAUCACUGGGUACAUGUAGAUCCAUGCGAAGCUGCCACCAACAAACCGUUGACAUAUGCCAAAGGUUGGGGCAAAAAACAAGCAUAUUGCCUCGCAUUCGGGCCAUAUGGGGCGGAGGAUGUGACUAGGGCAUAUGUCGAUGAUUGGGACGGGGACUGUCAGGUCAGAAGGCGAGCUCGUGGCUGGAGUGAGAGAGACCUUCAAGUGGAGCUACUCAAAAUCACGGUAUCCUUGCGCCUCAGAAUGGAUCCCCUUUUGCGAGCCCGUCUCUAUCGCAUGGACGAAAGCCAAAGAUCUUGGAUUUCUGACGAGAAUACUCGACUCAAGGAGGCCGAAAGUAUGGGAUUCGAGGGGCGCAUCUCUGGGUCAGACGAGUAG